CCAUCACGUGCGUGGCCCGGCCUUGAAUUCGUCCCUCACCACCGGGAGAGGGCUCAGAGUGCAUGUGGGACGACUGUCAUUGGGAAACGCGUGUUGUGCCAAAUACACAUAUUGGAGCGACCGACGACAGGUGUCCGGAAUGCCGCCACGCGCUCUUAACACUGUCGAUCAAUCCUCGUCUCAUUACUCAAUGGGAUCAUUGGAGUUGUACACCACAUUUCGAAUGGAUUGCGCGUUAUCAUGGUGGACCGCGCGGGCACCUCACGUCACAGCCAGCGACACUCGCGGAAUCUCGAGCACCUGAAGAGGGUUCAACUUACUGGAGGUGGUCCAAAUCGCAAUGGCGCCGUCCUCUCAUCUCUGCGUACGGCACAGCUCGUCACAGCUACCAAAUCAGCUUUGCCUGCGGAGCUAAUUGCAUUGGUUCUGGACUUCCUCAGUCCGCCGGAUCUCGUAAUAUGCGCACAGGUAUCACAUUUGCUCCAGGAGAUGGUGUAUGACGACACAAGAUGGAUACAUAAGCUUAAGGCGAUGCGCGUAUGGAACGAGGCUGAAGCUCGCCAAAGAUUUGAGGAGGCUAUGAAACGAAGGGCCGAUGCAUCAAGGUUGAAGAACGCAGAUGAGCCUAAGAGGGCCGCUACCGGUCUCUCAGGAACACCAUCCAAUGGCUCCGCGAACAGUGACAAGAGAGGGAUCGGUAGUGCAACUCUCUUUGAUGCUGCCGCAGAAGAAGCAAGGUUGCGACAAUCCCUCGAUGGUUCUCAGCAGCGCCGUUCCGGACCUGCUGAUGGAUUUGAUGACGUACCGAUUUCAUCGACAGCAGCUUUGGAGCAAAGAUUGGAUCCUGCGACUGCACUACAUAUCCUUGACCACGUACGCUCCAUCCGCGGGCAAGCACGGCAGGAAUUCGGUAAGAUCUAUGCCGUACUAGGUCCUUUGUAUAACGAUCUUAGCACGGCGACAAAUCAUUCCGAUGCUCUCGUAUUCCAGAGGUAUCACGAUCCCGAGCAGCAAGCUCAAAUUCUCUCAAGCCUCAAACGGUUCGCUCAGUGCGACCCGACGCUUGCUGCGUCAGAACGCGAACAAAAGCUUGAAGAGCUUAUGCACAUCUUCGAAAAUGCCGUGCUACAAGAGUUCGAACGAGGGUAUGCGGCGGGAGAUAUUGAAGGUCGCAUGCAUAGAUAUGCUCACGUGCUGGUCAGCCUUAACGGAGGUGGCGCAGGCGUUGAGAGUUUCAUAUCCCUCCAUCCCAUAAUUGCCCGUACGAUGUCGCUGGGCAAUCCUCUUGAUUGUCUUGAGGAUGUCGCGCCUGGCCAUGUUGAUCUUAAUCCUGCCCAGUCUUAUUUUGAGAAGCUUGCAGCAUUAUUGGUGAAACAAGCAUCCAUCAUCGACGCCGUUUUCCCACCUUCUACCGAUGUAUUCACACAAUUUCUUUCCCGACUUUGCCGGGAUGUCAUCUCCGAAUACCUCUCCACCCUAUUUGACGUAGCCCACGACCGAGGUCUAGAGAGCUACGUGAAGUCUGUGGCAGGGACUUUCAGUCAGGCAUUACGCUUGGUCGCGUCACUAACUGCCACGCACGCUUCGCCUCCCGACUUUGCAUCGCGAUCCAAGGAAGUCAUUGUACAAUGCUUUGCGAGGCAUCUAGACCUGUACCUUCGAGAAGAGCUUGAGGUAUUUCAGACAAAGUCCGAAGCUGACGUGAGUCAUUGGGAGAAACAACUUUCCGAUCAGGAGGCCUCGACAGAGUCAUUUUUCAUGUCAAAUAUCAAUCGACAAGCGGCCAAGCGUGACUUCUUGUCUUCGUUCAAGAAGGUUGUCAUGAUGCCGGUUAACGCGUUGCCAAUCUCAUCACCCUUUGCCAGUGCUAGGCCGGUAAGUGUGAUUGCACGUUCGUCCGCGAACAUGGAUACAGUCGACACUUCGUACCUUGGUGCAAGGCCGCGGACACCUCCAGUCAUUGGUUCAGGUACAACGCCUCCACGAUCGGAAACACCGCAGCAGGAAAGACCCACUACUGAGCUUGCAGCCAAAGCAGCGAUCAUGAACUCCCGCCUCGAAGGCAUCAAGUCACUAUUCAGCAUUGACGUUGCCCUGAGCUUGACACACCUCGCCAAGGCAUCGAUCGAACGCGCCGCUGUCAUGGUGCAACUUGGUAGCACACAAGGCGAUGCCGCGAAGGCACAAUGUGAGGCCAUCUUUGUCAAAUUGUUGGAUAUCCUGGGUACCCGACACGUCAAACAUGGCUUCGACAGAGCAGUCGGACAUCUUGGAGAGUACAAUCCACGCGAGGUCCGUCGGUUUCGAGAGCAGAGCCAUGCUGGCGAGCUCUCUGCUACCGCCCAUGGCGGUGUAGAGCCCCUGGUAACGUUCCUUGAACUGGUCAAUCUCGGCGAUCUAAUCCAGCAGAUGGUUGAUGUGUUCUUCGCCCAAGAGCUCAUCGCCACAAAGCUUACGGAUCGAGAUGAUUUCCUUAAUCCAGCAGUCAAGGAGAAGAAGAAGUUUGAACAGAUGCUGGACGAGAGAGUUGCUGCUGGACUGAACAAGGGAAUAGAUGUUCUCAUGGACGAAGUGGAAUACAUCUGCGCGACUGUUCAAUUGCCUACCGACUUCAAUCCACAAAGCACUAAGGAUGGCAGCAAAAAUACAUCGAUGGCCUCCUCUAGCGGCAUUGUUGAGAUUGGGCCCACGCCGGCGGCCAAGCAAGUCGUUGACGUGGUGAGUGGACAUACCGCGAUGCUCGUGGGAAGCACUGAUAAGAAUAUGCUGGAUGUGUUUACACAAGAGGUUGGUCUGCGUCUAUUUGGAGUUUUAUGCAAACAUUUCAAGCGACAACGCAUCAGUGGUGACGGCGCGAUCAAGCUCAUCUGCGAUAUCAAUCACUACAGCUCAUUCAUAGCGACCCUGAGGCAGAAACCGCUCCAGCCUUACUACCAAGCGUUACGUGAAAUGUCACAAAUAUAUUUGGUACGUAUCGAUCCUCCAUCCGCAUACUUCGGCAGUAAUGCCAAGGGUAAGCGUGGAAGUCUUCUAUCGACAAAAAGCACUCCAACAGCAGUGCAAGCAAAAGAGUUGGCGACGAUCAUUGCAGACUCACAGCGCUACCACGGCAUAUUUCCGACCGAAGAGGUGUACGAGUUUGCGCAGCGCCGAGCCGAUUGGUAUCUUGUGAAGGGUGAUGUUGAGCGAGCAAUGUACGGUGUCGGAUGCUCAAUCAUGUAAAGCUUCCGGGGUUAUGUCGAGCAUUAUGGCGUUGGCUUCGGUGGCAGGUAGAGGGCAGGCGUUGUUUUCAAAUCAAAAGUUCUGUCUAAACUUGUGUCGGUUUCAUAGUGCCCAU